CUCACUGUACAUUCACCGCAAAGACGUGGUCUGACAGAGAGUAACUCGCAUCCGGAGGAUUGCUCAUGUGCUCAUCUUAUUGGAAUUGCAAAAUGGAAAGUGCGGAUGGGGAGUAUAAAGAGAAGUUUCUCGGGCACUCUCGUGAGUCUUAGUUGCCGUCAAAGUAUACCGUCUGAACAGAAAGAUAUUCACCAUGGAGAACGCUAUCUCCCGUAUCCUUACACUAUCCGACCGUGUCCCAUUUAGAAGAGUGUUGAAAAUACUAUGGGCGAAUCCUAGACGACGCAUUGCCACUACGGCAGGCCUUGUCGCCACAUAUCUUGUCCUGGUGGCUUGUUUACGGUUUCAGAGACUACGGAGACUGCAUCGUCAGUAUCGGCAAUACUCGACCCGUCAAGGGAUGGCCUACAUGACCGACCAUGAUGCUUGGGCCAUUCAGAAACAGGUUCUCCAACUCGAGUUCCCCACGAUAUCCCUGAAGGCUCUACAGUUUGCGCUCUUCCGAACAUAUGGCAUCCCCACGAUUUCCAAACUGCUACUCAAGACGUCCCAAUUUUCCGACCCAGCCACCUCAUUCAAGCGUUAUGCCGACACCGGUGCUCUCAUCGGCCAGUUCAUGUCCUUUGAGCCAACCUCUGACCGUGCCCUUACAGCGAUCGCGCGAACAAAGUUCCUGCACACCGGCUAUCGGACCAGCGGUAGCAUUCUCAAUUCGGACAUGCUAUACACCCUGAGUCUGUUUGCGACCGAGCCAAUCCGCUUCGUGGAGAUGUUCGAAUGGCGCUCGAUGAGCGACCUCGAGAGAUGUGCUAUCGGAACGUAUUGGAAAAAUCUAGGAGAUGCACUUGAGAUUGACUUCACAGAGUUGCCAUCUGCGACAACGGGAUUCCGGGAUGGACUACAUUUUCUUGAGGAGAUGACCGAAUGGAGUCAUCGAUACGAGGAGCAAUACAUGAAGCCUAGCCCGGAAAACAAGGCCGUCGCGGAUAAGACCAUGGAUGUCCUGGUCUAUGCAUUGCCGGCUGGGUUGAAGGGUGUUGGCGUUAGCUUUGCCUCAUGUAUGAUGGAUGAAAGACUACGGGUGGCAAUGAUGUAUGACGCCCCUGCUCGCCUAUACUAUGCCAUCUUCUUCUCUCUGGUAGCCAUUCGCCGGUUCUACCUUCGAUAUCUGUCGCUACCACGGCCGAGGUUCCUCCGACUGGAUGUGUUUUCUGAUGGCUCCAAUGAGCACGGUCGCCACUACGUGAGUACCUGGAGCGGAGCACCAUACUAUGUUAAGCCUACCCUAUCGAAUCGCUGGGGUCUGUCUGCGUGGUUUAUGCGGUUGUUGGGCCUACCACUGCCUGGAGAUGAGGGAGAAAAGUACUAUCCCAAGGGAUUUGACACGGCCGAACUCGGGCCUAAAUAUUUCGAGGGGAAAGGGCGCAAAACAGAAGCCAAUGUGCCCCCGGAAAAGAUCCAUAUCCUGGAAAAGCUCGCUGUGGCGGGGGGAGGUACGAUUAGCGAAGGGGAUCCAGUGAAUGGGUACAAUUAUCGGGCAGGAGGGAUGCCCUCCUUCAACGGCUCGGCCAUGGAAGAAUUGCUCUCGGUGGUUCCGUCUAGGACGCGUAAAGGCAAGACAGCUCUGGACGAUAUCGUAGAGUUCGAGAGCCACGCUCUAAAUGGGACCUCCCACACACGCCUCCUCACUCGGAGGUCGCAUGGCCUGGGCCGUAUUGAUCCUCGCAAAAUCAACCUGGGGCUCCGGGACCGCAUAGAGCUUUUUGUGAUGGUCUCGAAAAAUGAAAAGGCUCUAGCGAGAACACGGAUCAAGGAUCACUUUAGCGGGGGCUUCUUCAAGAGUAAUUACUGGCUGAUGCUGGCCACAACGUUCGGCUUCCAGCCGUGGCACAGCGCUACCGAAUUACGCCGAUAUAUGGCGAGGUUCAUGCACGAUAUUCACGAUCUAAACUCCCCGCGCGUUCUAGACUGUGGUCGCUAUAAUCGCCAUGAAACUAUUGUGGCGCCCAUCGCCCAUUUCCUAACAUCACAAGGUGUAGACUUUCAGUUCAAUACUACCGUGUCCGACAUCAUUCUUGACACGAAAAACGAGAACCGCGUCUCAGCCAUUUGCGCGCAGAAAGACGGCGAGCGCGAGCACAAGAUUGUGCUGGGACAAAACGACAUUGUCAUUGUUUCCGUUGGCUCCGUCAUGUCUGGGACAACGGUCGGGAGCAACACCGAACCGCCCUCAUUAGAGCUUAUGGAGAUCGAUAAAGAUCUUGAUGAGAACUGGCUCCUAUGGCUGGAACUAUCGACGAAGAACCCCAAAUUCGGAAACGCCUAUAAUUUCUGCACGCGCAUGCCAGAGUCCCGCUUGGAAUCGUUUACCGUCACGCUCAAGGAUCCCGAAUUCUUCAACCGAUUCUGCAAAUUGACAGACAACCAGCCUGGCACCGCGGCGUUCGUGACACUGAAAGACAGUAGCUGGAUCAUCAGCCUGAAUAUCCCGCAACAGCCACUAUUUCCCGAUCAGCCAGGCGAUGUGCAAGUUCUUUGGGGCUAUGCGCUUUGCCCCGAGGCAGAGGGUAACUAUGUUAAGAAGCCGAUGCUGGCCUGUUCUGGCGAGGAGAUUAUGACAGAAAUCCUCCAGCAUUUGCAAUUUCCAGUCGAUGGGAUAUUAAAAAACUCGAUCACCAUCCCGUCUGUCGUCCCACGGAUGACGGCGACCUUGCUACCGCGGGCAGAUGGCGAUCGUCCACAAGUGAUACCUGAAGGAAUGGAGAACCUGGCACUUAUUGGACAAUUUGUGGAUAUCCCGGACGAAGUCGUGGUUUCCAUGGAUUAUGGUGUUAGAGGGGCGCAGAUGGCGGUGCGUCGAUUGAUGGGGUUGGACAAUGAGGGUAAAAAGUCGAAGAGAAGCUCUGCAAUCAGUCUCUUGAUGUAGUUUCAGAGCGAGUUUUCUCUGUGUAUAUAUCUUCCAUGGUCGAAU